AUGAAGAAUCUGAAAGUGCUUGAUAGUGGGAUCAACAUCAAGAACUCCAAAAUUCAGAAUCUAAUUCGGCAAACGUCUUCAUGGAAUCCGAACCGACUGAUAUGCAAAAGCUUUACAGGAUUGGAGGAUGACUUUGACCCUGUAGGCCACGGCACUCAUAUCGGCGGCACAAUAAUUUCCAUGGCGCGAGGGGCGAAGAUUUACAUAGGGGGUGUAGUAGAUCGGAAGGGAAAUUUAAAUACGGGCGCUUUGACCGAGGCUUUAAAUCACGCCGUCGACGAAUGGGAUGUUGACAUCAUAUCAUUAUCUCUUGGGUUCCCAAAAAUACCAAGCAAAGAGCUAAUGGAUGCGAUUAACAGAGCUCUCUACAAAGAAAAGCUAAUUUUUGCUGCUGUUUCUAACAAUGGAGGUGCCGUCGCAAGAGCUAUAUCAUGGCCAGCGAUGGAAACAAAGGUGUUUGGUAUAUUUUCGGCGAAUUUUGAAGGAGAGGGAUCUAAGUUUAACCCCGAUGAGAAUGAUGAUGAUGUAUUUUCCCGGUACAAAUUUUUGGGCGAAACUGUUAAGUCGACUUGGCUAGAUAACGAGGAAAAGUACAUGACCGGCACGUCCGUUGCUACAUCUAUCGCAACCUCCACUGCGGCGCUUUUCCUUGAGUACAUCAGGGGAUAUACGAAAGGUGGCCAUGGAAUGACGGGAGCUGCAAUAUGUGCAAUUGAACGUGCAGCGCGGAGGCCAGAUGGGAUGCGACGAAUUUUUGCUGAAGUUGGAACAAAAAGACAAACCAAUGAUUUCCUCAGAUAUGUCACUCCUUGGUAUCUGUUGGACCAAGACAAGGGGCGUCUCAUCAUCCACCGCAUUGACCAGGCGCUUAUUGACUUACAACUUGAUAACUAUCAUGAGGAGUUCCAGAAUCUUGAGUCCUCCAACUCUGCACUGGAGGAUUCGUUAUCAGAUCGGGAAGCACAGGUUCAGGAGAAUCAACGAUCAUUUGAUGGUGGAAGGGAUGACCUGAGAAUCCAAGUCCUGGCUGUUCUUGCUACAGCAGCUAUCGGCAGCAGCAGCGCACAUGUAUUCGCCCCAUUACUGUGGUGGGCCACUGGAUCCAUAUCACUCGCAAUAGUGUGGACAGCACUUGCUUUUGCCCGUGAAAAACAAGAAACUAUAUUGAAUGGCUACAAGAGCAAAGCAACAGAUCUCAUCUCAAAACUCCAAGAUUCAAUACGGUUGAAUGACCUGUAUAUCUCAACAGGAUAUCAGUCAAUGGAGGAGCUUUUGUUUCUUUUGGAGCGAAUGAUAAAGUCUUACAGGCUCCAUAACGAAAGGGAGGAAAUGACGGAGCAGGAAUUUGAUGUGGUCAACGCCAGAUUUCAGGAGCUUCAGCUGGUUACAAUUGAGGAAAGAGAGAUAAAAGAAGCACUGGCUGCUUCGGAAGAUAGCAGAGCCCUUUUCUUGUUGACGGAAAUCGGGAAAUUGAUUAUGGAAGCUAAAGAAGGUGCAAUGGGAUCUUCUGAAAAAGACGAAAAGCAUAUAAUAAACCUUGAAAAGGCGAAAAAUGUACUCGACAACGCAAUUGGUUCUUCUGAAAAGCUCAAAGAUACCUCUCAGCACUUCGAUAAAAUCCGAAAAGAUCUCAUUGCACAAGAGGAAAAGGCUGAAUCCGACUUAGCCGAAAAACAUGAGAAGGAAAGCGGCAAUACUCUGGCGUGGCUAUGGUGGUUUUUGAUAUGGCUUGGAGUGGGUGUGGCAAUAAUUCUUGGCCUGGUAGCUGUCCUCUCUUGA